AUGGAAAACAGAACUGCCUCGAGAUGGAGUUGCUGGAGGCACAGUGGCUAUUUAGUUGGGGCCUCCUCCACAUUCUUGUCUACAGUUCUCACUUUUCCAAUUUACAAGACAAUUUUCCGCCAGCAGCUCCACACCUCAACCAUCCGGGUGGCUGUCAUCCAGCUGAAGAGAGAAGGUAUGAAACACCUAUUCCGAGGUCUGGCACCCCCACUCAUGGCAAAGACUCUCCAAGGCACUCUGCUCUUUGGCACCCAAGGAAGUCUCCAAAAGUUUCUGUUAGGGGUUAACAUACCAGGAGCCAUGAUUCCGGCACUUUCUGGUUGCCUAUCUGGGGCCAUCGAAGCUGCCCUCCUUGUGCCAUUCGAAAGGAUGCAGAAUAUUUUGCAGGAUGGGCGCAAUACUGCUCGUUUUCCCAGCACUGCGUCAGUCUUGCAAGAGUUCCAAACUUAUAAGAAUGACCAAAAGUUCUUGUGUGGAAUUUACAGAGGUUUCUCUAUAAUACUUGUCAGGAACGCCCUGGGUAGCGCCAUUUUUCUUUCUUGUAAAGAGCCAAUAAGAGACUUGCUAAGCCUUCAAGGACUUCCAAGUUGGGCACCUUCUCUGGGAUCUGGAUCUUUCAUUGGUGCUUUUACCUCCCUGGUGCUUUAUCCGUUGAGUGUUUUAGUUGCGAAUAUGCAGGCGGAGGUGGGAAAAGGUCUUCCUGGUGUAAGAGAAGUAGUGAAGACAGUGUGGGAAAAGUGUGGGGGCGGGAGGGUUUCAUUGUUGUACCGUGGGGCAUCUCUCAUUAUUGUACGAUCUUGUGUUACUUGGGGUGUCACCAAUUCCAUUCAUGAUACACUAAUUAGACAGCAUAGCCUCAAAUAA